AUGGAAUACUUGUUUCGGAGACUUCAACUAGCUGCACUUGAUCCAUCUUUCAGAUUUCACCCAAUGUGCAAGAGUUUAAAGCUUGUCAAUCUUUGUUUUGCUGAUGACUUGAUCCUCUUUUGUAAGGGUACUCAUUCGGCUGUCUUUUCUCUUAAGAUUGCGCUUGAUGAUUUCAGUUCGGCUACUGGUUUGACCAUUAAUUCUGCUAAGUCUCAAAUCUUUUUUGGCGGAGUUUCUUCUACUGUGAGGAAUAUCAUUUCUCAGGAGAUGAAUCUUAUGGAAGGAUCUUUUCCGCUCAAGUACCUUGGGGUUCCUAUGAGGCCAACUAAGUGGCGUCAUGAGGACUGUGAUAUAAUUUUGCAAAAAAUCAUAUUAAGACUUAACUCUUGGUCCAGUAGACACCUCUCCUAUGCAGGCCGAAUGCAGCUUAUCCAUUCGGUUUUAUUUGGUCUCCGUAACUAUUGGAUGAGUAUCUUUAUUUUACCUCAGAGUGUUGUUAAGGAAAUUGAGAAAUUGUGCCGUAGCUUCCUUUGGGGUAAUGCUGCUCUGAGAAGUAAACCUCAUUUAGCUUCUUGGAAGAAGGUUUGCCUUCCAAAAGCGUAUGGUGGUCUUGGUUUAAGAGAUGGCGCUCUUUGGAAUAGAGAAAUUCUUGCCAAGUACAUUUGGGCAUUAUCUGAGCAACCUGAGAUUUUAUGGGUUAAAUGGGUUAACUCUAUAUAUUUGAAAGGCUGUAAUUUCUGGUGUUACACUUUGAAAUCUGACUGUAGCUGGUAUUGGAGGAAGUUAUGCCACAUAAGGGAGAAAUUUGGUCUCACUGAGAUUAAGGCAGCGGGUAGUUUUGGGAGGUUUCAACCAUCCAAACUGUAUAAUUUAGCUCAAAACCAGCAGAUUGUAGGCUACUAUUCGGCUGUCUGGUGCAAGCUCACUUUGCCUAAGCAUAGAUUCCUUCUUUGGCAAGUGAUUAAUGAGCAGCUUCUUACUAGGGAUAAUCUAUUAAAGCUGCAAAUUGUGGUGCCUGUUCAAUUGUGUCCGGUUUGUGGUUGCUUUACUGAAAGUCACCAACAUCUUUUCUUUACUUGUUGUUUAUCUACUCAAGUGCUUCAAAUUCUAUUUAACUGGUUUGGCUUCAGUGCUUGGCCGAGUGAAUACACCAGUUGGAGUGUUUGGCUUGCUCGUCCUCGGCGUGGUCUGUUGGCAGCUUUGCUGAAUCUUUCUGUUGCUGCUACUCUGUACAGCAUUUGGAGAAAUAGGAACAGAAGUGUUUUUGAUGACUAUUCUUUGACAACUAUCUGUCUUGUUAAUGAGAUUAAAUCUGUAAUUAAAUAUAGACUUUACUUGGUUAAUUUUAGGAAUUUUUCAGUCCAAGAGCAGUCCUUGUUAAGGCAUUUACAAUGUAAUUAG